AUGUCGGAUAAUAAGUAUACUCCACUGAUAGUGGAUCUUUUCACGCCCAAGGUGCCUCUUCAAUACCUGCCCCCAGCAGAUGUUCCUAUAGAGAAACGGCGAACGCCCAAAGUGGACGGAAUUGCGCAGUUCCUGUCCUCUUUGAAGGAACAUGUCGAAGAGUAUAAGGACUACAAGAACGAGUUCGUCAGCCGAGAGGCCAAGGCAAAAUUGAAGUCGCAGCAAAACAAAGAUGCACUUCAACGAGCGCUACUAAAAUGGAACCCGGAAACAGACACCAACAUUGCUGGAGACCCGUACAAAACCGUUUUCGUUGGAAGACUAGAUUACACAGUUAAUGAAAUAGAGUUGCGCGAAAAAUUCGCACAGUUUGGCGAAAUCGAUCAAAUCCGAGUCGUGAGAGACACCAAUACUGGGAAAAGUCGAGGUUAUGCUUUCAUCCUGUACAAAUCAGAGUCCGAUGCCAAGCUAGCGUUUCAGAAAGGUAAUAGAAUGGUGAUAAAAGAUCGUGCAGUGAUCGUAGACAUUGAAAGAGGCCGCGUGGUGAAAAACUGGAAACCUAGGAGACUAGGAGGUGGGCUGGGGGGGCGCCAGAUAGCACAGAAGCACAAACACAUAGAGCAACAGGAACCUGCUCCCAAGAUGCUGUAUCCGCCUCCAGCGUCUUAUGGGCGUGGAAAUUAUGGUUACCGAGGCCGUGGCGGAAGGGCUCCGAGACCAUAUGGUCACAGGCCCAACAGAACGCCCUACAACCGACCACCGAGGUACUGA